AUAAGUCACAAAUGAUUCCCGCGAGAGGGAGUUUUAAAAAAUGGUUCAUUCUCACCACGUCGACAGUGCUACGUUUAGCGAGCGCUCUUCCUCCACCCGCCAGUUCGCCCCAUGACCUAGGCCUAGUAGACUAUACUAGGAGUUUCGUCGACAAUAUCACCGACAACUCAGAUUACGACGACGACUACAGCGACUAUUACUACGACGAAAUCUACUCGAGCGUUUACACUGACUUCUACAACUUCAGCGACACGGCGACUUUCAGAUGCCAGGGUUUCGAACCGGAUGUCGCUCUGGCGAGGUCGCUGAAGAGGGAAUUAUUGAAAGCGACUCCUCGGCUGUAUAAAAGGACUCUGAACGCUUUAGGUAUCACGUACGAAGAUGGUGAUUCCUCUUCGAUUGAUGCAGGCCACCUCUUAAGAAAUAUUAACAGAAGGACAAAGGAAAUAGACAAGCGAGUUGAUGCUAACCAAGGACAGCUCCACCAUCUGCAUUAUCGUCCCCACCACGUCCAGGAAGUAUCGUACGCAAGGCAAGGUUAUCAAAACAGAACGAAAUGGUCUUCUUCUUCGCUAGUAUCUCAGAGUCAGUGGGCUGGUCUAGUAGGUCUACGUAGUGAUGCCUUUAAUACCUCGUGGAUUUCAGGUUCCGAUGUUUCACAAGUUCCUGGGGAGACUUUAAACCAUCAUAUCAACCGCAGAGACCACGGUUACGGUGAAGGAUAUCAUCCAAUGCCUUACCCAGAAGUGAAGUGCAAGCAUUCCAACACUGGUAUUUAUUCCUUCCUAGCCUUCUGCAUCCUCUCGCUGGACAUAACGGCUGACAUCAUGAAGAGUAUCAAUAUAUCCAUUGAUAUUGGAGGAGGAUGCGGGUGUGGCUGCAACUGUGGCAAUGGCACUUGUUGUGGUAACAACAACAACAAUAAUAAUAACAAUAAUAACAGCAACAAUAACAAUAAUAUCAAUAUGAAUGGUAGAUCAUUCUCAUCAGAAGGCGAAGCUUCUGGACGGAAGCUCUUUGGUGGCUGCAGGUGUUGCUGCUGCUGUUGUUGUAAUAACAACAAUAAUAAUAACAACAACAACAACAAUAACAAUAAUAAUAACAACAAUAACAACAACAAUAAUGUUAGAUCAUCCGCUACAGUGAUCAGAAGAAAAGGGAGUAAUGAUAUUAACAGAAUUUCUGCUCCUAGUACGAAUGCUAUAAACAGCGGGUACUACGGAUAUGAACCCCUGAGAUAUGGCUAUUAUUAUGGGAGGUCCCUUGUUGAUGGUUUUAUGGAGAAAAUGGCGGAUUAUUUCAGCCCAGAAAGUAAUACAGAAUCUUAUGUGCCUUAUUAUCUAAACCCCACUGACGAAGUCGAGGAAAGUGAUGGUGACGAAGGUGAAGAAGAGUUGACUGAAAAUGACAGUGAAGAUUUGGCAGAUAGUGAUAGGGAGUUUUUACCAGUCAGUGAAGGUCGGUUUAGAAAUGGCAGCGACUACCUUCGAAGUGUAGGAGAAAAUCACCAAAUAUCAGGCAGAAGUAUUGAAGUUGACGAAAUUGCAAAAUUGCAAGGAAUGCUUCUCUCUGAUGAAUAUAAAUCACAACAAACGUUUGCAUCUGAUGAACGACAAACAUAUGAGACUGGCGAAACUCUUGCGAUUGAUGAAAAUAUGUCAACUGAAGAAGUAUACUCAGCAGAAGACCUUAAUAACUCAUCUUCAGGAGACACCAGGACCUUUGGACCAAUUGUCUCUGCUUACUUGACCCUUCUGGAGUCAAAACUCGAAGAAAUUGAGGAAGGACUGGACGAAGCCCUUUUGCAGACUUGGUUUUUAAAGAUGGUUGACCUUUUGAGAUAUCAUGUAUAGCUAAAUGUUAGGAGUUCAUUGACUUGGUAGUUGAGUCGAAAGUAGAGUAGUUAUUUUAGCAUUUUACCGAGAGAUGGAUCCUGUGUAUCAACUGAACGGAUAUAUUUAAUAUGGAAUGCUGAUGAUGAAACCAAGUGUACAGUAUAGGUAAAUGUGAUUUGAAGUAGAGUUGUUUAUUUCGUUCUUGCAUUUGGAGUUAGUAUGUAUGUAUCUGAAGGGACCGGAUAAGCUAGCCCCUGUAGUGUUCAGGUAAACCAGAUGUCAUUCGUAGUUACUUCUGUUGUUAGGAAUAAUCAGUACUGUAAUAAAAGUAGUAUUUAUAGUGUCACACUGUUUUGCAGUCAGACUUAUUGCUGUUAUUAACAGCAUCAACAUUUCUCAAUAAGUUUUGAUAUAAGGUGAAAUUAAGGCAAGAGUCUUUAUGUUAAUUGGUUAGUUAAGUUUAACACAUUGUGCAGAAAACCUACGUGGCUUUAGCCAAAGAAUUUUAGACUUUAGACUACUCUAUGUAAAUGUUUCAUCACUCACACAUCCUCAUUAUCCUUCUAUAACCUUAAAUACUCCCAAUGUGUUGUUUCAAGUCAUUGCUUGCUUACACUGUAAUAUUCCACCAUUCCAGAUUGAUUUCUUGGAAUUGAUUCUCUGUUCCAUGAAUAUCAUUCAUAGAACUGUCUUAUGUAGCAAUACUUUUCUGGUAGUGU